UGUGUUAUGCUAGUUGAUGCUAACGUUAGCUAAACACGCAUCUUGUAAUUUCAGCUCGCUGUCAGCGCUUUUUAAGAUAAUGUCAGUGUUACUUUUACGUGCUUUCAAUAAAAGAACCAAAGUAGGGGCUUUUGAGGUAACGUUAAUGUUUUCUGUACUUGAGCUCAAACUUCAGUCCAACAUGGGACAAAAUGUGCUAACGCUAGCGUCACCUGAACACCUGACUCGAGAGGUUACAACCCACUUGAACUCAACUCAUAACACGAUGUUUUACUGAAGCCGUUAAAUACCGGUUGCUUAAAGGCUGGCCAGCAAAGACGUGCAGAACAUAGAUAAGCUGACUUCACAGUGCGAGUGAACAAAAGGGUCUGUUAGCUGGUCGAGAAAGCAAAGAAAUGCAGUCUGUGGUGAAACAGAACCUCCAUUCGGAGACCGAAGGAGACAUCAACAAACUCAUCAACCUGAAGCUCAAUGCAUCCUACACCUACCUGUCUCUGGGGAUGUAUUUUGACAGGGACGAUGUUGCCCUGCCAAAAUUCUCCACCUUUUUCCUGGAGCGCUCGGUGAAAGAGAGGGAACAGGCUGAGAAGCUGUUGGAAUAUCAGAACAUGAGAGGAGGUCGAAUUUUGCUGCAGACAAUUGCUAAACCGAGCAGAGAGGAUUGGAGAGGUGGUCUGGAUGCAAUGUCCUUUUCCCUGGACUACCAGAAGUCCCUGAACAGCUGUAUCCUUGAUGUGCACCGCAGAGCUGGCGUCCAGACUGACCCUCACCUGUGUGACUUCCUCGAACAGGACUUCCUCACCGACAGCCACGAGACCAUCAAGAAGCUGGGCGACUACGUCGGCAGUCUGACCCGCAUCACUGCGUCCGAGACCCACGGCCCUAUGGGAGAAUACCUCUUUGAUAAACACACUCUGUAAAAGGUCACACCAGCACAGUGACAUCAGCUCCAUAUUUCAAAAGAUACAUAGUCAACAGGGAAACACUCCCUUACAUUGUGCAGUCUUCUCCGUUACAAAAACAAUACAAUAUUUUCAGUUUACCAUAAACGUGAUUCUUGUACCAACCACACAAGAAAACUAAGGCAAAAAUAACAGAAAAUACCUCAAUUUUUCUUAAACUACAUUGGAAAAAUAAUGUUCUCAUGAAUAUGGUGCUAAAAAUACCAUUUUCUCAGCUGUUGAUCGGUCAUUUAGACUCUGUUGUAUCUUGUGUCAAUCAUUCCAGUAUGUCAGAGGUUUUAACCUUCCAAAAUAUAUUGUAAAAAUGCAUACUAUUUUAAGUCAAAUACAUAAUGUAAGAUUUGGAAUUUAUUGAAUAAAGCCAGACUAUGCUGACAUGUAA